GCUGCCGCCUCCAGCGGUGUCUGCGCGGCACUUGGCUGCGGGAGCCCUCGGAGCUGGGAGGAAUCUUGAUGAAUCCGAAAGAAUGAUGAAGUCCUCUGUGCAUACUGAAGAAGAUGACUUUGUGCCAGAGCUUCAGAGAAGCAUCCAUCCCAGAGAGAGGCCAGACUGGGAGGAGACUCUCAGCGCUAUGGCAAGAGGUGCAGAUAUUCCUGACAUUCCAGGGGAGUUGCCGCUCCGGACCUGUGGCAGCACAGCAAGUAUGAAAGUGAAGAAUGUGAAAAAAUACAUCAACCCGGGACUGAUGGGCUGUGAUGCCUUUCACAGGUUAUCCUUUACAAAGGGUCAUUUCCCGAAGAUGGCUGAGUGUGCACAUUUCCAUUAUGAAAACGUGGACUUUGGCAACAUACAGCUUUCGCUCCCGGAGGAACAGAAUGAAGUGACGAGGAAUGGCUGUGAAUCCAAGGAACUGGUCUACCUUGUACAGAUCUCUUGUCAGGGGAGGAGCUGGAUCGUGAAGCGGAGUUAUGAAGAUUUCAGAGUACUCGACAAACACCUUCACCUAUGUAUUUAUGACCGGCGCUUCUCCCAGCUCUCAGAGCUCCCCCGCUCCGAUGCCCUGAAGGACAGUCCGGAGCUUGUCACCCAGAUGCUGAUGGCUUACCUGUCACGUCUCUCAGCCAUCGCAGGCAACAAGAUAAACUGUGGGCCAGCUCUCACGUGGAUGGAGAUUGAUAACAAGGGGAACCACCUGCUAGUCCACGAGGAAUCGUCCAUUAACGUUCCUGCUAUUGCUGCUGCCCACGUUAUUAAGAGAUAUAUUGCUCAAGCAGCAGAUGAACUGUCCUUUGAGGUGGGAGACAUAGUGUCUGUGAUUGAUAUGCCACCAAAGGAGCUGACCACAUGGUGGAGAGGCAAACAUGGAUUUCAGGUUGGAUUUUUUCCUAGUGAGUGUGUUGAACUAAUUAACGACAAAGUUCCUCAGUCCGUGACCAAUUCUGUGCCAAAACCAGUGUCGAAAAAACACGGCAAGCUCAUCACCUUCCUUCGUACAUUCAUGAAGUCGCGCCCAACAAAACAGAAACUGAAACAGCGGGGGAUCCUGAAGGAAAGGGUGUUCGGCUGUGACCUGGGAGAGCAUCUUCUCAACUCUGGCCAUGAUGUCCCCCAGGUCCUCAAGAGCUGCACUGAAUUCAUUGAGAAACAUGGCAUUGUGGAUGGAAUAUAUCGUCUGUCUGGGAUUGCGUCCAACAUCCAGAAACUACGCCACGAGUUUGACUCCGAGCAGAUUCCUGACUUGACAAAGGAUAUUUACAUCCAAGACAUUCACUGCGUGGGCUCCCUCUGCAAACUGUACUUCCGUGAACUCCCGAACCCUCUGCUGACCUAUCAACUCUACGAGAAGUUCUCAGAUGCUGUUUCUGCUGCUACAGACGAAGAACGGCUGGUUAAAAUCCAUGAUGUCAUCCAGCAGCUGCCCCCUCCCCACUACAGGACACUGGAGUUCCUAAUGAGACACUUAGCUCGUCUGGCUGAUUACUGCUCCAUCACAAAUAUGCACACUAAAAACUUAGCAAUCGUCUGGGCUCCAAACCUCCUAAGAUCAAAGCAGAUAGAGUCUGCCUGCUUCAGCGGAACAGCUGCCUUCAUGGAGGUGCGAAUCCAGUCAGUAGUUGUGGAAUUCAUCUUGAACCACGUGGACGUCCUCUUCAGUUCCAAACUCAGCUCAGUCAUACGUGAUGGAGCAGGGCACAGUUCUUUAUCACGGCCCAAGUCUCUGCUGGUGUCCUCUCCUUCCACAAAGCUGCUCACGCUGGAGGAGGCGCAGGCACGGACACAAGCCCAGAUCAACUCUCCCAUCGUGGCAGACAGCAAAUACAUAGAAGUGGGAGAAGGCCCUGCAGCUUUACAGGGGAAAUUCCACACGGUCAUAGACUUCCCAUCUGAAAGAAAAAGACCGCCCAGCAAGAUGAAGAAAUCACCAGUUGGCAGUUGGCGUUCCUUCUUCAACCUGGGAAAGUCAUCAUCCGUGUCCAAACGCAAACUACAGCGCAAUCCCAGUGAGCCCUCAGAAAUGAAAGCCAUAGCCCUGGCAGGUGGACGAGGAGACAGUGGGACUCUUCGCUCAGCUAAAAGCGAAGAAUCGCUUACCUCUCUGCAUGCUGUUGAUGGGGAGUCUAAACUGUUUCGACCCAGAAGACCUAGGUCCAGUAGUGAUGCGUUGUCUGCUUCCUUCAACGGAGAGCUCUUAGGAAACAUGAACCGCUGCAAUUCUUACGACAACCUUCCCCACGACAAUGACAGUGAUGGGGACGAGGGGCUCAUUCACGUUCCUGCCCUGAUUUCUCCUCGGUCUGCUGAAGAUGUUGACCUGAGCCCACCAGAUAUCGGAGUCGCCAGCCUGGAUUUUGACCCAAUGUCUUUCCAGUGCAGCCCUCCCCAAGCAGAGUCCGAGUGCCUGGACAGCAGUACCUCCCUGCUGGAGUCAGUUGGCAUAAAUAAGGAGAAGCCAAGCCUGCUAAAGAAGGAUUUAGAAUCAGGCAGCCAGUCCCAGACCCCAGGCAGUGCCACGAGCUCUGAGCCAGUCUCCCCUUUCCAAGAGAAGAUGAGUCCCUUCUUUACUCUGGACCUGAGCCCAACCGAGGAGAAGGCCUGCAAACCCCACGCCUUCUCACCCAAGAUGGGGCGAAAGCCCAUCAAGUCGCCGCCGCUGACUAUGUCGGAACCCGUCUCCUUCGCACUGCCCAGCCGCAUGUCGGAAGCGAUUGGAGGAGUGCCCAUCACGUCCCGAAACUCCUCUGCUUCCAACUGGAGCAAAGGGGUUGGCACCACUGAAAUCCCAAACAGGUCCCCCACCCAGAUGUCCUUGCCCCUGAAAAACAGUGAAACAGGAGCAGGGGAAGGAGCCCACCAAGAGCUACAGCAUGCCCAGCUAGUGGCUGCUGGCAAACCAGAGUUGCCAGAAGAAGGGGAGAGACCAAUGUCAAGCAGUCAGAAUAAGACUGUACCCACUGGACACACACAGCCAGGAGCAGUUGCCCUCGACUCCCCCCAGGAUCCUGUUCCCGUCAGUUCUGUGUCUCUUAUCCCUCCUCCUCCUCCGAAAAAUGCAGCGCGCAUGCUAGCCCUAGCGUUAGCCGAGUCCGCACAGCAAGCAUCCGCUCAGUCUCAGAAAAGGCCAGGAGAUGCUCAUUCUGAAAGCACAAAUUAUGGAGAGACUGAAGCUGGCACAGCUCUAGAAAAGCUCCAUCUCUCUGCUGGUGCUCCAGACAAGCUCCACCUGUACACUGGUCUGCCCGAGAGCCGACUCCACUUCCAGACCGGUGCACCAGUAGAGCAGGAUUUCCAAGGUAGCAGCACACCUGGGGAGCAGAACCACCCACCAGGUGCACCUGGAAACCAGGACCCCCCACCUCUCCACACUGGCAUGCCUGGGGACAUGCCUGGUAGCAGAGAUGCAGAGCAGGAGCAGUCCAGCUUCCAUCCUGGUAAACUGGGGGACAAAGAUCACUUCCCCUCCCAUGCCGGGGACUGGGACACCCCCCCCCACCCUACUCCAGGUGCACUGCCUGACUGGGAACCACCCACAACAGACCUGUCUGUAGAUAAGCCCCACCUCCGUGCAUGCAUGGCUGGGGACAGGCACCACAUCCCUGUCUGCACAGCUGAUGACAAACUUCAGUCUCCUCCUGCCGUAACCGCUGGGGAGAAAAGCACCCCGGCCUCAAUGCCGUAUUUAACAACCAUCCCGACUACAGCAGCCGAGCCGAGCCACGGGCCGGCGGGCCCAGCCACGACGCAGGCCGACGUCGCCGUCACAGCCGCGCAGCGCCCACCCGCCACCAGCCAGCCUGCCCCAGCGCAGAGGCAGGAUCACCAGUCAGCAAUGGGACAGGUGCCAGCGGCCUCUGCCAAAGCAUCGAGUAGUUCCAGUCAGGUAUGGGGCACAACCGCACCUGAAAAGCCACCUGAGCCCACGCCUGGUUUUGUCUCAGAAAGCAGUUCUACCACCCGCUGCUCUUCUUCUGUGCCCGCGGGCCACCAGAGCCAUUUGGAGAAGCCUCGGGAGACCACGAGGGCUCCCCCACUGCACCUGCGGUCCGAGUCUGUCCCUACUCACUCCUCCUACAGCUUUACACCCCCUGUCCCACCUGUGAGAACACUGGAGAGCAAAAUUGCUGCCGCCAUGCAUUCAAACAACACGGAUACCGUCAACAACUCCAAUUAUCACACCUUCCUGUCCUCCUCCAUGCUGGCCUCCUCCGUGGAGGAAGCCCUGCUGCCACCACCACCGCCUCCCCCACCCAAGCACGCUUCCCUGCAGUCUGUGUACGUGCCGCACCCCAAGCCAGAGAGCAUCCCUGAGCCCCCUGGGCCGGACGGCUACCUGCAUCACAAGCCGGCUUCCAUCCAUCAGUACAGGCCUGAGAGCGUUCCUCCUCACAUCUCCUACCAUGGCAAGCCCGACCAGCACCAAGCCUUCCCUCCUCGGUCAGAGACACCCACUUCUGCGGGCACCCGCUACAACACCUACACGAACCAAGGGAAGAGCACCUCGGCUCUCCACUCCAAGCCUCGCAGCCGGACAGAGUUUGUGUCCUCCGUGAGCCCAACGGGCCUGCGUAACACCAGCUAUGCCGAGGACGCUCCACCCUACCCCACUAUCCGAAGGGUUCAGUCGCUGCACGUCCCCACCCCCGCCGCCUCCGCUAUCCGCUCCGUUCCCAUUUCACGGACCGAGGUACCUCCAGACGAUGAGCCGGUGUACUGCCCGCGGCCCCUCUACCAGUACAAGCCAUAUCAGCCCCACUCCGACUACCACGUAACUCAGCUGCAGCCUUACUUUGAGAACGGGCGGGUACAUUACCGCUACAGUCCUUACUCCAGCUCUUCUGGCUCCUCUUACUACACCACUGCCGAUGGGAGCUUUUAUGACCUGGACCCCUACAGCACCGUGCGGGUCAGGCCCUUCCACCCCCUGCCCAGCCGAGACUUUGCAUCCUACGCCUCGCGGCUGCAGAGCAAAGGCCUGUACCGCUACCCCAGCUUGUCCGCCUACCCUCGGGGUGGCCUCAUCGGCCACCUCGCGGGCAAAGAGCACAGCUUCGUCAGCAGAGACGUGCCUCCUGCACCGGACAUCAAGCACAUGUAUGUGUCGUGGGACCUCGAGGACAUGGAGAAGUACCGCAUGCAGUCUAUUCGCCGGGAGAGCCGCACGCGCCAGAAAGUGAAAGGGCCAGUGAUGUCCCAGUACGAUAACGUGGCCCCACUGCUGCAGGAGGAACUGGGAGGACUGGAUGUAAUUCACUUGCGCAGCAAAUCAGAUCCUGGGAAAACUGGCCUCCUCACCGUGGCAGAAGGGAAGGAGGGGAGGUACCCAGCCAAAGCAGCUACACCCGAGGGGGACGAGCGUUACUACAUGCAGCACCCUGAGGCAGAGCUGGACAGAGCCCACUACCACGGCGCCUACGGGAACGGGCAGUCGGAGAAGCCGUCCCUCCCCCAGAAGCAGAGCAGCGUCCGGAACAGGAAGAUGCACGAGCCCGGCUGCAACGCGAGCGAACACAGGCCGCACUUGCAGCAGGAAGCAAGCCAUAGGCAGCCUUCCGAAUCCAAAAACGGGCCCCCUUAUCCCGACUACAGGCCCAAAGGUGGCCCAGAGCCCUCGGAGCCCAUCGGUUACCAACACUCGGGCAGCAAGUACAUCCCGGCGAACCAGGAGACCCUGAGACUGAACCACAAGGAGGUGAGGCUGGCGGAGGACAGGCCAGACUUGGAGAGGUCUCGAGCCAGACCGAGCACAUCCGUGGAGAAACACUCCAGAGACUGCUAUAAGGAAGAGGAGCACGCCACCUCGCCCAUGGCACCGCCGCCCAAGCCCGAACGGAGCCACAGCCUCAGAAUGCAGCACCCCGAAACCAUGGAGAGGGACUCUGCCCUCCUCUACCCAUACCAAACCCUGGGGAAACGCCAAAGCACUAUGACUGUGGUGUCCCAGUACGAUAAUUUGGAGGAUUACCAUACCAUGCCUCAGCACCAAAGAGGGGGCUAUGUUGGAGGAGGGGGGUUUGUGCCCCCCAGUUUUACCCAUGUGCACAGUAGAACUUAUGCCACGGCCCUUGGCCAGGGAGCCUUCCUCCCGACGGAGCUGUGUUUGCAGAGGCCUGAAACAGAGGUCCAUGUUGAGUGAGCUGGCGUGGGGGGAAGGAGGGAUAGAGUCUAAGCAGCCUCUGCUGGACAGCGGACUGUUUUAUUUUUUCAGUGACGGAAAAAAAAAAAAUACCCCCGCCCCUGCCCCGAUGAGCAAAGCAAACCCACCUUCAGCCCCACCCCGACCAGCCUCCCACUCACUGUUUUUAUGUAGUAGAAAUAUAGCUUUUUCAUGUAGUUUUGAGACAACUGGAACGAUAGGGCAGGCUGUUGGCACACAGACGUUGCCAGAGAGGCCGGGCAGAGCUGAAAGAGAUGCUGUUGGGGCAGGGAGCGAAGGAAAAGCUUUUCCUUCCAUGGAUUUUGACACUGGCAGUUACCACCGCUUCCUCACCGCGCCUCCACGGUCCUGUGCACGACGGACUGUGCAUGCAGCUGUUUCCCCGCGAGCCCCGUGUGUAGCGAGCUGCCCUCCCCACUGCUAGCUCCCAAGAAAGGGGCUCCGUGACAUGCCUUGCGAGAACCACUCUUCUGCCCCCUCUGAGGUUACACGGCAAGAGUGGGCUAAAGGCCGGGGGGGGAAACUUCCCAAGUAUUUUCUUCUUGAUAAAUGCAGAGGUCCUGCCCCUCCCUUGAAAAUUAUUGCUUAGGCAUAGCGGAGCCGCUUCAAUCGCUUUGAAGCGGGUGGGAGCCUGUUGUGACUUCAAGCCUGUGGAAUAGGCUCUGAAGCCAAAGUUCAAAAUACAACACGCUUUAUAAAUGGCUUAACAAGGGUGCUUCUGACUACAAGAAAUCAAAUUACUUUCAAUUUCUCUAUUGUAAGCAGAGGCCAGCUGUGGAAGCCAAGUAGGGCAGGUUUGCAUUUCUCGUACCAAAAGAAAUGAACACAAAAACACACCAAACCGUGCACACACCGUUGGGAACAGCACACCCAUCUCAUGCCAAUUCCUCUUUACUGCUAGGCUAUCUACAGUCCAAGAUGAUUUAAUACCACAUUGUGGCUGGCCAGACAGUAUCAUCUCUCUACCAAAAAAAAAAAAAAAAAAAAAAAGGGGAAAAAAAAAAAAAGAAAAGAAAAAAACACCAAACAAAAAACCACUAUAAAAAUCAGAAAAAGAUCUCUAUAGCAUUAUGUCCAGCUUGUAAAUUGGAGCCUAACUUACCAGCUGGGAAUAACUGUGUAAGUGCCGAGUUAUCUGCAUGACCAGCUAUUAUUUGCCCUGGGCCAGAUCCUGCAGCUCUUAGAUCAGGGAAUGGAAUGCUCCUGUUGACCUUAAACCGGAGGUCUACAGGACACAGCUUUCUGUAACCUGUAAGUUCCGUGUUGGCCAGGGGAGCCCUGUGACGUUGUGGCACACACAGAAUAGUUACGUGCUGUCUGUGCGCUGUGACUUACUAUUGCCUCCCGUACCGCAAGUGUAGCUCCUACCGUAUUCAGUUAGCAGUAGGGACAGAAGGCCAGUGCACUCUCUAAUACGCUAAUAACGUUGUCCUAAGUAUUUAAAAGCUUUCCAUAUUUUAAAAGAAGCCAGGCAGCAUCUCAGACUUCCCAGGACUCGGUACAACCCCACCUUAUAAAUAAAGCACAUCCAUUUCAUUAGACAGGGCUUGCAAGCAAUACUUGAGAUUUAGGAGUUUUUAAAUGGUCACUGAUUAAGUUCCAAGGCCAUUCCUGUUCCGUGUGGUUAAAGAACUUCUCUACCCGUUUCGAAUCUCUAUAUAAUGUUUUAUUAAAAACCUGGAGGUCCUGCAGUUAGCACACAGCUGUUAAAGGGAGCUUAGAUGGUUGUUUGGAACAAAAUUUUCACAGCUAUUUCGGGGCUUUUAAAGCAUAAAGAAAACCUGCUUCUAGUAGCUAACUAGUCUUUAGCUAUUUGCUUCUUUUAAUCUUGUAGCCUUGUCUGGGGCUGUUUUCGAUAACACUACCUACACUACCUUAUGGUCCUAUUUUAUUGUGCAAUGCUGUUGUUUUAAGCAUUUUGUUUAGAAGAGUUGUUCUUACAUGUUACGGAAAUAAAUCUGGCAGUUAGAAGAAAAAAAAAAAAAAA